AUGCGACUUCACAAUUUGUCUUCAUUACAAAAGUUGUGUAUUAAACUCGGUCCACGGUGUCCCGUCGAUGUUGAUGUUGUAGAGUGGGUUGCAAAAGCAGUUGAUGGUUCCGUGCUCCGUAAACUAAAGUUCAGGCUCCUCUGGGAAAGCGAUCCGGUCACAAUGCCUAAUAGCCUUUACACUUGCAAAACGCUCACCAAAUUGACUCUCUCCUACAAGAUUCUUGUGGAUGUUCCUUGUCUUGUCUAUCUCCCAUCACUUAACCGACUUGAUCUUCAAUAUGUUGUGUACAAAGACGAAGAUUCUCAUGUCAGGCUUUUAUCAGGUUGCCCGGUUCUCGAAUAUCUUGUUGUGCUUCGAGAUGAUGAUCAUGUGAUGAAGUUCACUGUGAAAGUGCCUUCUUUACUGAGUUUAACGUAUACAACUGGUGCGUUAAGUCAAAGAGACGGUAAUGAUCGAUCUUUGGUUAUAGACACCCCGAAUUUAACGUAUUUAGACAUCUUUGACUGUUCGAGACACUCUUGCUCGAUUGAGUAUAUGCCUCGUCUUAAGAAGGCAUGGAUGAAUCCUUCGACUCACCCUGGUGAAAAUUUUCUGAAAUCUCUUUCUACGAUCGAGUAUCUUAAGCUAUCUCAACUUUAUACAUUGGUUCCAUGGUGUAACGUCGUUUUUUCUCUACUUAUAGAAUGUCGCUUAUGUCCAUAUUACGCGGACUGGUGUGAAUCACUUGGGGUUUUACUCUCUAAUUGUCCUAAACUAAAAGUUUUGAUGGUCGACUCCACAUAUGAGGCUGGUUUUCCGGUAUUAUGGAAAUGGAACCAACCGAGUUCUGUUUCCGAAUGCUUGUCGUCUCAUCUCGAGAUCUUUAGAUGGCAAUGGUAUGCAGGAAGAGAAUAUCAAACAAAAGUCAUAAGAUACAUUCUUAAAAACUCCAAGUGUUUGAAGAAGGCGGAAAUCUCGCUGAAAUCAAUCGGGAAUCUUGAAGAGGAACAGAAGAAGAUGAUCGAGGACUUACAAUCUAUGUCUAGGGUUUCAACUUGUAUUUUGCUGGCCGGUCCAAGGUUUUAG